CCCUGAACCCGUAGAUCCCGUAGAUCCCGUAGAUCCCGUAGAUCCAGCAUCCGCCGAGAGCCUACCAGCAUGACUGCCAUGCCCGUGGUGUGGUGCACCGAUCCCAAUUCGGUGAACAACAAGCCCACGGCCUUCGCCCUGCACGGCAUCCAGCUGCAGGGCAACGUGACGGAGCGGCAGGUCCACGCCCUCCGGGAGCUGGUGAACGCCGCCGCCGAGGGCCGCCUCAUCCUGCCCUCGGACGGCACGUUCACGCUCCUCGACAGCGGCCUGAGCAUCGAGAGCUCAAUUGUGGCCGCCGGACGGGGACGGGGACGGGGACUGAAGCAGGAGGACGCCGUAAGUCCCAGCGAGAGCCCAGAGCCCCCAAAGAACGCCAAGAACACGUACAUCCUGAUGCCCGUGAGCAAGGCAUCGCCAACGCCGACACCGGCGUUGGACCGGCCCGGUGGACAGCCCGAGGCCAUUGCCGCGGCGGCGGCGGCCCAGCUGGAGUUCCUGCUGGAGCCCAAGUACUCGCCCUCGCCGCCCGCCUCCUCGGACUCGGCCAUGGAGGCCAUGGAGGGGGGCGCUGGGGGUGUCGCCGGUGGCGAGAUUCUGUACGAGUUCCUCUGCUGCGCCAAGUGCAUGAACGAGCAGCGGACGGGGCAGAGCGGCACCUGCAACGGGCGCCGCCUGCAGCGGUAUCUGCGGAGCUGCCGCGGCAGCGACUACGAGCCGGUCAACGACCCCGCGGGGACGUGGCAGCUGCAGCUGGAUCCUGUCUGCAGCAUUGCCAGCCGGUAUGCCCGCCGGCAGUACCGUCCGCACCACCACCACCAGCAGCGGCACAGGCCGCACGGGACCGUCUCGACGGGGAUAGCACGUAAUCGGCCCAACACCAAUCGCCACCACAAAUUACCGAUUCACAGUGUUAAAAUCUUUCAUAAUCGCAGCAGUUGCACGCCAGCGUCAGCCGCUACCCCUCUGGGAGCAUGCAAUGUGGGCGGGGGCCAAGAGGUGUCGCCAAUUCCGAUGCCCAGCCCCAGCCACAGCCCCAGCCCCAAUCGCAGUCGCAGUCAUAGAGCGAGCGACGGCAAUGAAGCGUUCAGUUUGUCACCGACAGCGGCGCGAUCUACAUCGUUGAAAGCAGCGGAAACAGCACUCACGUUGCCCCUCUACGCGGUGGUUAACAAAAGUCGCGAAUCGUCUAGUGAAAUGCCCACUGUGCUGGCCGUGGUGCCCGAGGAGGCGCCGCAGGGCGGCCCCUCUGCGGUGGUGCGCGAUUUGAUCAGCUUCGAUGACGAUCAGGAGCAGGAGCAGGAGCAGCGGGCGGAGGGAGCAGGAAGCAGCUGUGAUGGCCCCAAUGUGGACCUGCUGUGCGCCCCGAACGAGGAGGAUGUGCUGCUGGCCCUGCUCGUGACGCCACCGCCCACGCCGCCCAAGCCGGGCUCGCCCGUCAGCCACAAUUCGAGCCGGAAGACGAGCUUCGACUCCACCAGCACCAUCAGCUCCAUGGACUCGGGCUUCAUGGAGAUGCAGAACAAGUUGGAUGCCCUGGCAGCAGCAGCAGCGGCGGCAGCGGCAGCAGUCGGAACAUCUGCCACAGUGGCAGCAGAGAAGAUCGCUCGCCGCAACUACAAGGAGUGUCUGACGCAGUCGCGAAAUCGUCGCAAAUCCUACGAGGAAUUCAAAGCGAUGUUUGUUGAACCUGCAACAGCAGCGGCAGCGGCGUCGGAAGCAGUAGCCACAUUGCCACUGUCCAUGCCCCAAGCAUCAUCGAUGGCUGCGGCAGAUGACGCAACACCAGCAGCCAGCAACACUGUGAUCCCACCAACAACAACAACAACAACAACAACGCUUGCCUCCAUUUCAGAACAAGAAACCACAAGCGAGAGAGGCGAUAAACCGGAUUGCGCAAACGAGUUUGCCACCAGCGACGCAGUCCCAGGCCCAGGCCCAGACCCAGGCCCCAGAUCCCCCAUGGCCCCCGAUGAAAUGGAUACCGGAGAUGGCGAUUGUGAGGGCGAUGCCGAUGGAUGUCGAACAGCAAAAGCAACAGCAACAAUAAACAGCACCACCACAGAGGCAAUGCGAAAGAAUUCGGAUUUUCUAUCGCAGAUUCUCGAUCAUCAGUUUGCGGCCAAGGAGCGGGCCAAGGCGCACAAGCGGCGGACAUCGUACGAGGAAUUCAAGCGAUUGGUUAGCGAAAUCGAGCCCCUGGAAUGUCUGGAUACAGUUGCAGUGAUCGCUGCCACACCCACAGCCACAGUCACAGCAGCGGUGGGGGCACCUGCAACAGCGGCAACCACGUCACCGCUGAAGCGACAGAAUUCGAGGCAACGCAAAAGCUUUGCCAGCUACUUCCUGCCCCGCCGACACUCGACCAAAGAGCCCAAGACCGGGGACAAGGAGAACGUGCCCGCGGCCCCAACGGGCGAGGGCAAGCAGCUGCAGACGUACGCGAAGCUGCCGGGCUCCAACUGCGACGCCAACUACAGGCGGAACUUCAAGAUCUACGACAAGCUGGUCUACGGCACCAUCUACGACAUCAUCCAGCGGAAGAACGACAUCUACCAGCUGACGUACCAGAAGUACGACAAGUACAUGACCUACGGCACCAUCUACGAGAUCCUGCACCACCGCAAGUCGUCGCAGGACGGCGGCUGCACCCCCGGCGGGUGGCAGAGGAAGAGCCUCAGCUCCAUACUGGAGAGCAAGUCGAGCGACGUCAUCUACGACAUCAUCCAGAAGAGGGAGCGCGAGAAACAGCGCCAGCAGCGAGCACUGGCCUCCCGCCAGGACUCCGCCACCUCCACCGCCUCGGCCUGCUCCACUGUCCAGCACAAGUAUGGAACCAUCUACGACAUUCUGCAGGGCGAGAGGCUGGAGGCGAGCGAUGCAGGGGAGAGCCGACGACCAGUGGCCGCCAAGCCAACGCGCUUCGUGGUCAGCCACGUGGAGGAGCAGGUGGCGCGGCGAGAGCCAGAGCCGGCCAAGAGCCAGGAGACGACUCCGAGUGCCGCAGAGAGUGGCGUGGAAGCCGGGAAGCCGGCCAGCAAACCCAAGAAGAUGCGACGCCUGUCCAACAUCCUCAGCUACAGCAGAUCCUGUGCGGCGGGCAGCGGGCAGGAGGAGCCAGACGCCGGAGGAGCGACGACCCACCCCGAGGAGUCCAAGCAGAAGCGCAGCCAGGCCAAGCGGCGGAUCGGGGUGACGAAUCUGCUGCUGCCGCUGGACUCCGAGGAGCUGUACACGCGCAUCAUUGCCCAGCAGAGGCGCCAGCACAGAGCCCACCUCCAGCUGCAGAGCGACAGCGAGGCGGAGCCCAGACAGACGGAUCUGGGCGGCUGCCUGAUGAAGUCCAGCUCCCUGGACGCCAUCUCCAUGUCGGUGGCCUGCUCCCCGCCUGCCACCGUCGGCCACACGCCGAACCCGUCGCCGCCCCGACCCCGCCGCAGCCUCAAGCAGCACCGGUGCCUGCAGCGCGGCCCGGGCCAGGAGCAGCAGCAGCAGCGCCAGAGGCACCAACUGGCGCUGGUCAAGAAGCACUCGCUGGACCACUGCCUGCCGGCGGCAGGGGGAGGGGCAGGGGGAGUGGCAGGGGGAGGGGAGACCCGGAGGCAGCCACUGCGCCGCUGGUCCAACCAGAGCCCCCUCCGGUGCACCUGCCUGGCCCUCGAGGAGGAUCUGCCCAGCCACCAGUGCACUUGCCCGCUUCCGUUGACUGCCAUUGAGAAGUCGCGAUCGCUGCCCGUCGCCGUAGGCGGUGCCUGCUUCACCCCCCCGCAAACAACGACGUCGACGUCGACGACGACGACGACUGCGGCCAAGAAAGGCAAAUCGCGUCGACUUUCGGAAUUUACGCGCGGUGAAUUUUUAAAUGAAAAAUCCUGGUACUUCCGCAAAAUCAAACGCAUUGAGGCUGAGAAAAAACUUCUACUGCCAGAGAACGAGCACGGUGCAUUUUUAAUUCGUGAUUCCGAGAGCCGACACAACGACUAUUCGCUAUCAGUGCGCGAUGGCGACACGGUCAAGCACUAUCGCAUCAGGCAGCUGGACGAGGGCGGCUUCUUCAUUGCCAGACGCACAACAUUCAGAACCCUGCAGGAGCUGGUCGAGCACUAUUCCAAGGACUCCGACGGCCUGUGCGUCAACCUCUGCAAGCCCUGUGUACAGACAAAUACCUUUUCGGGUGUCUUUGAGAUCGAGAAACCUGUCACCGAGGGCCUAUCGCAUCGAACACGCGACCAGUGGGAGAUCGACAGAACGUCCCUCAAAUUUGUGCGCAAACUGGGCUCCGGCCAGUUCGGCGACGUUUGGGAGGGACAGUGGAACAACACAACACCCGUGGCCAUUAAAACUCUGAAAUCGGGCACAAUGGACCCCAAGGACUUCUUAGCCGAAGCCCAGAUCAUGAAGAAGCUGCGCCACACGAAGCUCAUACAGCUGUACGCUGUUUGCACGGUGGAGGAGCCCAUCUACAUUAUCACGGAGUUGAUGAAGCACGGUUCACUGUUGGAAUAUCUGCAAGGCAAAGGUCGUAGCCUCAAAAUGCAGACGCUCAUCGAUAUGGCCGCACAAAUAGCCGCUGGCAUGGCCUACCUGGAGUCCCAGAACUACAUCCACAGAGACUUGGCGGCGCGCAACGUUCUCGUUGGCGAUGGCAACAUUGUGAAGAUAGCCGACUUUGGUUUGGCCAGGCUCAUCAAGGAGGACGAGUACGAGGCGCGAGUUGGCGCCCGCUUCCCCAUCAAAUGGACAGCGCCCGAGGCGGCCAACUACAGUAAAUUCUCAAUCAAAUCUGAUGUCUGGAGCUUCGGUAUUCUCCUCACCGAGCUGGUCACUUACGGACGCAUACCAUAUCCGGGUAUGACCAAUGCGGAGGUGUUGACCCAAGUGGAGCACGGCUAUCGCAUGCCCCUGCCACCCAAUUGCGAGCCGCGCCUGUACGAGAUCAUGCUCGAGUGCUGGCACAAGGAUCCCAUGCGCAGACCCACAUUCGAGACGCUCCAAUGGAAGCUCGAGGACUUCUACACCUCCGAUCAGAGCGACUACAAGGAGGCGCAGGCUUACUGAUAAAUGCUACCUGCGACCACGGACGCGGACAGUAGCCGUGGCGAGGCGCAAGGAGGAGCUGCCAAUGAUCGUCGGGCAUCCCACAACGGACAAUUCAUAUUAAGUUAAUUACUUCAGUUUUGCACAGAUUUUCUAUUGCUGCUUCCUCCGACCAUGAAACAUGCGGGGCUCAUGGACAGGGCAGGGGCAUGUCUUGGUAACAACUCCAUACCAUACGAUUCAUGUUAUUAGCGUUUAAGCUAACAAAUAGUCUGUAAGCCGGAAAAUUGAAUGCGAAUGCAAGUGCACGUGUAGUGUUUUUUUGAUGGAAUGCAAUUUCAAAAAAUGUUUUGUUCAUUUUUUGUUGUUUCAAUAUGACAAGCAUAUGGAUAGAUUUGUCGCAUUUGCCGAUAAAUAUAUCGAAUGUAUUAUUAUUCAUAUAACACUAUAUACAUACAUACAUACGUGCACACACAACACAUCUAUAUAUAUAUAUAAAUAUAUAUAUAUAUAUAUAUAUAUAUAUAUAUACAACCGUAUAGUCAGAGUAAAACCUAGGAACCUUUUAUAUUCUAUUUUGCCAACGCAUAAUUACCCUUACCCACCCUCUCACCCUCACCCUGUUCUUCUUCUUUAGUUGAUAGGCCAAUCUGAAAUAUGAAAACGAUAUUUGCAGCAAACAAAUACAUAUAUUAAAAACUGUUUUGCUUUUAGUUAAUCCACUUCGUACGUGUCUUACCUGCCCCUCCUCCCCCAAACCCCAAACCACAAACCACUCAAUCACUAAUCAACGACAUUAUACAUAUGUAUGCUUUAUCACAAACAAAUAAAAAUGAAAUUAAAAUUAAAAAUACAAAUAAUAAACGAAGGAAAGCACCACAAACGCCAAUCAUCAUUCAAGUGCUAGCGGACGCUACUUUUUGCUGCAUGCGACAGUUGAAAUCCGCAUGAGUAACGAUCUAGAGUUUAAUUGUAAUUGUAAUCAUUUAAUUAUAUUCUAUUUAUAAUUAAACACACAAACAAACGCAUACACAUAUACGAGUACAUGUACAUUUAGAACAAAAACCCAUUUAAAAUAAAACUUCUUCAUAAUUUAUAAAAUAAAAAUCAAGGCAUAAUCAUUUAUAUUGAAAACGAA